AUGGCCCCAACGAAGCCUGGUGAACGGAUGCUGGUUUGGUCCCUGCGGCCGCUGCAGAUGAAGCAGAGCCGGCCUGAAACGGCGUGUCCUGAUGCGGUGAGUGACUGGGUGGUGUUUCAGGUGCUGGCGUUGGGAGUCGGUGGGAUUUGUGCGGUGGCCUUGUGUGAAUCGCAGGGUGCCAGCUUUAAUGGGAAGCUGGCCGCCGACGAGUCGCUGCUGUCCUCCUCCUCCCGCGUCCGCCUGCCUUUCCUCUUCUCCUCCUCUGCGCCUCUUUCUCUGCGCACCUCUAUCCCCGCUUCGCCUCCCUCCCGUUUGCUGCUCUUCCUCCCGGUCUCCUUCAAUCCAUCCCAUGAGUACAGGAGGCAGCAGGAAGCUGCCGAGGAGCGAGCUGGGAGGCGACUCCAGCCUCCUCUCCAGCAGAUUGUGCCUCCUGUACCAUGGAAACUAAACGCUCAGAGAGCAGAAGGGAUGGAGGGCAGAACUGCCGGGCAUACAGUCUUUGCUCUCAGAAGCAACGAGAGCUUUGAUCCACGUAAAGCUGAGCAGAACAGAGGUGCAGAGGUGUGGGAGGGAAAGGUCAGCCUUUGCGGGAGAGAGGCAGUCAUUGUAAUACCAAUGAACCACUCCCUGUCAGCCACGGCACAAUACCAGACAACACACGGGCGGGCGGAGCGCCUCCACAAGUUCACGGCUGUGGGAGAUAGCCAGCAGUCAGAGGCUGUUGAUCUCCUGUCGGAUGGAUAUGCUUCACCAUCUGAGCCGGAGCAGUUUCUAACAGGAGGACGUGCGGGGUCCUGCAGCCUGCGCUGCCCGCUCACAAAACCUGGAGCGUCCGCAGCCAGGCGCCUCCGUCAUGCCAGCUUUCAGAUGCUGCGUGUCGGCAGGGGUCACCAUGGCGUCGGAGGCCCCGCUCGCUGUGCAGAGCAGCUGAAGCCGACAUGGGCACAGAAGUCUCGGAGGUCAUCGGCAGGCUCAGCCUCUCUGACGUCACCGGCCACAACCACCAGCGGCUACGCAUCAAACGCCAUCGGGUUAGCAGCACAUCCUCCUCAGCCCCGGCUAAAGGUCCAUUACACUGACGUGGAGGAAUUGGACGGCUCAUUUUUAAAGACGGCGGCUCUCACUCGCUGUCUCAGCUCUUUUGGGACGGAGAUAAACAAUCAGGUGUUAUCCGGCCGCUCUGCUUCUCAGCAAUCCGAUCGAAAAACGGCCCUGAUCAACGCCAGCGAAUCCCAUCCGAGCACAGAGCUGCUGUCGUCAUGUGUGGACCCGGAGCAAACUGGCGUCCUGCUGCGUCUUGUCCAGUCGUGUCCAUUGUCUCCGAGAGAACAGCUGCAGGGCUGCGAGGCGGCGCAGAAAACCUGUUAUGAUCAAUAUUGGAAGAAUGGCAGCAGUGGAAGCCCAGCCGCCUCAUCACCUGGACCUCUGAGCCUCCACACACAGCUCGGAGCCAUCACUUACUUUGCGAUGAGAAUGUCCGAUAUCGUGGGCACUGACACGAUGAAGGUUUCCGAGGCCGCCGACACGGUGUCAUCUGAGAAGGACAACGCCACCAAGUGUGAAGUGUCUGACCAGAGCCAGAGCAGCAGCAAUAAAAAGGACGCUCAGCCUAAAAAUAGGUUUGGGGCCAAUCUGGCCUUCGUGGUUGGAGGCAGAGAGAGCAGGGGAGUCAGGCAGGCAGAUAAUCGGAGCUCAAAUCCUGGCUUAUCUACCAACUUCCUGCAUCUAUGUUACCCUGAGGAACAGAAUGACAGCAGCAUGGGGGGAGCAGCAGGAGAGGGUGGAGAAGACGCAGGCGGCAGGGGGAGGGAGAGGUGGGCGGAGAGGUUCCUUGGUCGUAAGAUUAUUACACCUGAACACGAAAGCAAACACCCCUCCCCGCCCUCUCUGCUCGAGGAGGUGGCUCUGCGUCGCGGCGUCUGUUUAAGCCAUCAAAUAUUCAUAGUGGGAGUAAUGGGGGACGUGGGGAACGGGGUGAGGAGCGGGAGGCAGGUGAUGCCUCCUGAUAGAGCCACAGAGACCAGGAAAGACGGGUUGACUUUGCUGCCAUCUGCCUCCAGCCCUCCGCGGUGGGACAGGUGGCUGCUGGCCGCCCUACUUCUGCUGACUUCAGCCCUUUCCCUCUCCCCCUCUCCAUUCCUUUAUCUCCUGCCGGCAUUGUUCAUUCCCCUCCGGCCCCACACCGCUCAAUUAGCUGGUGUAGCGGUGCGCUCACAGUCCCAGCCCUCUCCUCCCCCUCUCCAGCCCUCCCCCACCCCCGUAUUACCUGAUAUAGAAAAAACGUGGGCAGACAGAGUGGGUCCGGACUCGUCUCUCGACCCUGUUGGCGUUUCGGUCGCGCUUUCCUCCGACUCACUGGUGCGUUCCGCUGAAAACGCAGCCCUCAGAUCUUCAUCUCAGCUCAUUACCGUGGAGCAGAUAGGCCUCUGA